AGCAUGGAACGACAACUGUGUGUGGAGAUUGAUAUGUUUGGACUAUUUUAAUGUAGUAAACAUCGGUGGGUAUUUGUGAAGAAGUAUUUUUUAGCUCUGCUUCGCUCAUGACAGUUGUCUUUCAUAGAAGGAGAAUGAUUUCACUAGAUAUUAAUGUCGAGUGCCUAUUUGUGGUAUGAGACUCGUUUUUAUGUUCCUAAUCAUGACCAGGCUCCUAAUUCUGAAAGCUCUGGUUAAGUAGUGUAGUAAACCUCAAGGUCAAAUUCAACAUUCAACAGUGACUGACCGACAAAAUUGCUACACGAUGGAUGAAUUCUGGACCUACCAAACGAUCUGUGCACAGUUGUUGGCAGAAGCAUCAUUUCGUUUGCACUGCGUACAAGCUUCAAGACCGCUAAAGAUAAACGAAAUCGCUGUGUUUGGAAACUUCAAAAACAUCAUUUCGUUUGCACUGCGUACAAGCUUUAAGAUCGCUAAAGAAAAAAGAAAUCGCUGUUUUUGGAAAAUUCAAAAACUCAGACAAAUGGCAGGACUGACUUCGCCAGUCGAUUUACCCACAGAAGAUAACAGUACAAACAGAAUUAAGCCAACUAGAAGUAGUGGCGGAGGCCAAGAAAAAAACGAUUCAGCAAACACUGAAAAAUGCUUCAGGUGUACAAAACCGAUUAAGAUCUACAAAACAAAAUGUCUGACUGAUUCCUGUGCUAACUGGUCGCAGUUUCAAAAUCCAAAAGAAGACGAUCCUCGGCAUUUAAAACCUGGCGAUCACAUUUCGAUACCAGCUCAAGUGUAGCCAUCAUGUAUUGCGGUCUGACCGGUUUGGACGAUCAUAUUUGGCGACACGAUAGAAGUUUUUCAGCCUCAAAAGUAAAACGUUCAUUUAAAAAGGGCGCUUUUUCUAACUGACUGUUUCUAACGUGCUCAUCGAACGAACGUAAUUAUAAUCUGGGCAGAUGUUACAUAUGGAACACAAAAUAUAGCCGAGCUUCCAACAAUGGAAAACAAAAUCCAGGGAUGUUUCCGUAAAUAUAUAGUCAGCAAGGAAUUUGUUGAUAUAGUGUUAUUAUCAGCAACGACGGUUGUAUAUGUCUUUUCUGUAUUGUCUUGCAUAGCAGUUAUAUACGAUGUAGAACGUUUUAAGAGUUUUUUACCGCUUUUCAAACAGUGCUUCCAAAAUAAACAUAGAGGUUUUUUAUAUAGUGAGUGUGACUGGUACUUUUUUUGUACAUAUUGUACAUUAUAUUUGCUAGGUUCAAUUUUAAUUUUAUGGAUACGGUGGUACCAAGCUGUAAAAAAGCCAUGCAAAAAAUGUAUCACGUCUUCAGUAUAUAAUGUAUUAAUCAAAGCACUUUGUAUAUGGUUAAUGCAAGCCAAAAACCUAGGCUUACAGACAGGCUGGGCCAGGCUGUACCCAGACAUUCCUCUUGGAUGUCUUAUAACAUCAAUAGUUAUAGUAGUGUUUAUUGAGUCAUGUUUGGUAUAUUUCUGUGUUUACAAGUACGUUGCCAAAUUGAUUACAACUGUAUGCCAGUUAUUUUGGUAUUUUUUUAAAAUAUUGCUAUAAAAAGUGCAAAAAGUGCUAAAAAAACAGACUACACUGAACCAAGAUAUAAAAUCACAUUUGAACAAUAAAUUUUCUCCGGUGUGACGGGAAGUUGAACAUGGGACAGAUGAUAUAGUUGUAAAUGCGAUGCCUAGUCAGGAAUAUAUGUCGAGAUGUAUAUAUGUUAACAAUUAACACUUGCACAAUGUUAUUUAUCUCUAUGUAGCUGACAGUGAAUGGUUUUUAUAAGGCGUGAUGCUUUUAUCUUGAUUUAUAUGUAUCAACUUAGUACACAAAUUGUGUUUUAGGAUGGCUUUAAUUUUCCAUUCCUCAGUUUUAGUUUCAUGUCUUGUAAUAGUUAUCACGCAUUAUGAUACAUGUCUGUAUUUCUUUUGACUUAAUUAAGAUAAUAAUAUUAAACCCAAUGCAAUAAAACCUGUUGAACACGU